GUGGAGCAGCAGGAGCAGAGGCUGGCUCAGAGGAGCGAGGAGCAUCAGACGGCUGUGAACAGAGUGCAGGAGGUCAGAGAAGAGGAGCGACGACUGCAGAGAGGAGUCCAGGAGCUGAGGAGUCAGCAGGAGGCGCUGCUGAGUCAGCAGAGCUCCACCGUCUCCGCUCUGAGAGACGACGAGCUGCGACUCAUCACCGUGCAGUCUGAGCUCAACACACACAGAGCAGGUCUAAAACGCCUCCUUCAGGAGUUCCUCACAGAGCAGCAGGUGUUAGAGGAGGUGAAAACCAAACGCACCCACAACCUGCAGCAGCUCCACAAGAAGCAGCAUCAGCUGGACAGACUGCAGGAUGAGCUGGACACGACGAGGGACAAAGUGGACAAGACAAAGGACGAGCUGGACAGGACGAGGGACAAAGUGGACAAGACAAAGGACGAGCUGGAAAAGAAGCAGCAGGAGUUGAACAGGAAGCAGCAGGAGGUGGACAGGAAGCAGCAGGAGGUGAACAGGAAGCAGCAGGAGGUGGACAGGAAGCAGCAGGAGGUGGACAGGAAGCAGGACGAGCUGGCUGAGCUGCAGCAGGAAGUUGAGUCGCACAGAAAAGCGUCAGAGAAUCUUCUGGAAAAGACCGAACAGCGACCUGAACUGCAGGAGCUGCAGGAGCUGCAGGAGGAGCUGAGCAGGAGGAGGGAGGAGAGGAGCAGCCUGCAGGAGCAGUGCAAACACCUGGAGGCCAGACGGAGACACGCUGACAGGAGUCUGUCAGCGGUGGAGGAGGAGCUCCACAAACAGAGGGAGGAGCACCGCCAGGCUCAGCUUCUGACUCAGAAACUGAUCCGAGAAACAGCAGCCAAUCAGGAGCAGCUUCACGAGAACGCAGAGCUGUUGUCUCUGCUCAGUGAUCGCGUGGAGGAGAGGAAGAAAUACCUGCAGACCCUGGAACAGGUGGUGUGUGUCGGACAGCAGGAAGUCAGAGCUGCAGUGUGUCAGUUGGAGGACAGGGGGCGCCGCCUCACAGCGCAGCAGCAGCUCAAAGAGGAACUGUUGCAGAGAGAGAAACAGCUGAUCCACAAGGAGGAGGGGCUUAACAAACAGGAGGAGGAGCUAAAAAUCCAGGAGGAGGGGCUUGAACAUCUGAAGGAGGAGUUAAAGAUGGAAGAGGAGAGACUACGAAAGAAACAUGAGAAGCUUAGUGAGAAAGAGGAUGAGGACAGCAGGGAGGGGACAGAUGAGGAGGACGACUCUUUGUACCUGUGGACAGCUGGUCUGAGAUCUGUCUUCAGUUCUCAG